CAGUUUCCAACUGAAGUGAAACCAUUCUUUUGGCAUGGAGCAGCAGCACUAUCUUCUGUCUACUCUGUUACGGUGUGUGAAUUUGCUGAAGUAAAGGAACCCUGCAGCCUUCCCAUGCUAUCUGUUGACAUGGAAAACAAGGAAAAUGGCUCUGUCGGUGUAAAAAAUUCCAUGGAGAAUGGGAGGCCCCCCGAUCCUGCAGACUGGGCUGUGAUGGAUGUCGUCAAUUAUUUCCGAACAGCAGGAUUUGAGGAGCAAGCCAGUGCUUUUCAGGAACAGGAAAUUGAUGGAAAAUCUCUGCUAUUGAUGACAAGAAAUGAUGUGUUGACAGGACUUCAGUUAAAAUUGGGGCCUGCUCUGAAAAUCUAUGAGUAUCAUGUAAAACCUCUGCAGACAAAGCAUUUAAAGAACAGCUCUUCAUAGGACAGUCAAAUUGGGGUCUUGGACCUCAAAAAAUACAUAAUGACAUGAUUUAGUUUCAUGUGAUGAAACUUUGCAAACAGAAUACAUACAUGUGUAUCUGUAAAGAAUUUCAAUCGAAUGAAACGUUAUCCUAUUGGAUAGUCUAGGCAAUCCAUCGGCUGACCUGAAUUCAGCCAGGAGGAGCAAGGACAGCAUGUGGACAGGAUUGUUUUCAUUGUGGAGUUUGUCAAAUAGAAUGAUCUUUGACGUGAUAAGACACCCUUCCCCACCAAGGGGAUUUUCUUCAUAGAUUGCUUUCCCCAAAUCCUUAAAAAAGAAUUGAAUGGAAUGAGCAUCUUUUGGGUAAAUAUGUAAGAAGAUUACAAACAGGAAAACUUGGGGAGGGGGAGAAAAAAGAAAGGGAUUGCUGUCUCCCUUGAAUUCCUCUGCUCCUUAGAGCUUGCAUUAUUUGGAUGGAAUUGCCGACACCCUUUUUAUAGAGGGUCCUUCACUUGACCUUAUUAAGGUUUCACUGGGAUAUGCUGCGAUGGUUGAAAUGAACGUGCAUCACCCGCCCCUUCGGGAGCAGAACCAUAGCUCUGAAAAGAGAAACUCUAUUGCGUAUUGGGGAUAUCCAUCCACAUUCAGCUAGCUUUCACAGGGGGGAUGGUAUUUUUGCAGAGAUUUGCUUUUAAAUUGGUUGUUUUCGAAGAAAGCAUUUUUUCACUUCAUGGUUUGUAUUUAUAACAAUUUGUUUCUGAAGAAGUUUGCCAAGAGUUACAGAUCAAAAAGCCUUGUUCCUAGUACAGAAUAUUUUUAUAUAUAUUCCUCCAUGAUGGUGUAAUAUUUUUUUAAUUGCUCUAAUGCUUUGUUUGGUUCCUGGUUUGAGUACUUGUUUUUAAGAACUUGAAAAAGUGAGCUUGCUACAUCUCUGUUCAAAGAGACAUUUGUUCAACCUCUGUGUGUCAAUGCCUUGUUGAAUUGGUGCUUUGUGGUCGCAAUAAAGCAUUGCUUCAGUUUAUUCCCA